AUGACACGGGGUGGGCUUCUCAUCAAAUAUCCGUAGAAUCAAUUUCCUUGAUAUUCCUUAAACCUAAAGUAUUCAAGGAGCAUCUAUCUAUGACUUAAGUUCUCCGCAAGAAGGCUCAUAUCUAGUACUUUCUCAGCUGUUAGUGCUGUUACAAUGCCAAAAGGCCUGUGCGCUACUUCACCACACAUAAAAUGCCGAAGCUCUGAUUCUUCCACAAGCACCAAAAUACACCAAAGAAGAACAAAUACCAAAUUAUCUUCCGGCUCCUCGAAUCAUCCUCGUUCUUCAACCCUCAUCAAUUACUAUCUACCUGUCCUUCAGUCUCUUCUUUUAGUCAAUCGCACACGCAUUUAUUCGACAAAUUCAUCCUCCUCAAUCAUGUCGGAAGAAUCUCACCGACCUAAGUUGACUCAAGCCGAGAUCGACUUGUUGUGGGCUAUUUUAGAGCACGUUCCGAAAGAGAAGAUCAACUCGUGUGUUGUUGGCACCUUGGGUGCUGUCGCUGCACAACUGGGAAUUCGAAAAACUGCUGCUGAGAAGCGCUGGUCCCGCCUUUCCAUUAAAGUCCGCAAGGGAAGAGAGGCUGCUGAUAAAGGAGCUGUGGCAGGAGAUUCAGAAGAGACCGAAGCCAAAGCUAGCAGUGAGGAUGAGGAGGCUGUCACGAAGAAUGUUGGUGGAAAGGAUCUUACCCAAGAUGCUGCCGAUGAAAAGGCUAUCACCACGGCAAUCGGUGUUAAACCCAAGCGUAACAACAAGGCUUCCGUCAAGGACAAGGUCUCUCAGGACAAGGUCGUCAAGAAGAAGGCUGCUGUUGCAAAAAUGAAGCGCGGCAAUAGGAGCAUCAAGGAUGAGGCUAAUGCUAAAUCUAAUGCCAAGGAAGAAUAAACCAAGGAGGGUUUUGACGAUGAUCAGGAAGCUUUCUGGCUGGUUCUCACGAAUUCACACAUAGCGGGGCGUUUGCUUUGAAGGCCGAAGCUAGGAUCUUAGCGAUAGCAAUCGUGGGAAAUAGUUCUAGAUAGGCAUCAUCUCUAAUCUCUUGAGUUUCCUCUCAUAAUCAAUACAAAUUGCGGCACUUGGUGCA